AUGUUGGUGACCUUCGCGAUUCGAGCAACGCUGAUUGACCUCCUGGUUGGUCUGCGAGGGUUAACCCUCUCGUCCGCACUGCCUAUGAGGCGUGUUGGUGGACUGUGCCUGCGAAAGAUUCUUUGUAGCUUGUCGACGAGAAUCGACUCUCCGAGAGUGAGCAGCGGAGCGCCUGUCCUCAUGGUCUUCAUUGUGAGGGUUAUCUAG